AUGAGUGGUCGUGGAGCCGCGGCGCCCGCCGCUGGCAAACCAGUUGGAGACGCAGGAAAAGGCGCGGCCUCUGGUGACGACUCUGCGCCCAAUGUACCAGAAACCGCGACGUCGUCUCGGCCGUACAUGCGCGUUCUAGGCCCGGCGUCGUCUCGAGGCGGCUCUCACAAGAGCGUGCGAGUAGAUGCGCUGACCUAUCAGACGUGGACAAAUCCGUAUCUCCCUGCAGGCGCCUCGGCGCAGGCACUGAGAGAGGAAUCCGAGCGAGCUCUGGCUGCCGAGGCGAGUUUCGAUCGGCAGCUGCUUUCCGUGGAUGCCAAGCUGAGGGCCGCGCGAGAAGACGGGGAGGUAGACCAGGAAGCCGAAGGCCCAGGCGAGGCAGAAUGCGGAGAGGCCGGAAGCGAGGGAGACGACGGAUCGCGAGGAAGCGCCGACCUCGCAGAACAAGAGCAAGAAGGGAUCGCGCCGCACCGUGAAACCGGUCAGAGUCCGGCACAGCCGGAAGCGAUGAAGGAGGCGACACGGGAGAAGGUGGAUGCGGGCCAGGAGGCGGGGCCUCCGAGGGGAUGCGCAGCGGCGCAUGCCGAAGAGGAGGGAGACGCGCGAGACGAAGAGGGAGACACCGCGUCAUGUGAUCGGUGUCCAAAGGGAGACUCGCUGCCACGUCAUGGCAACGACUCUCAGAAGGAAGACGGUGAGCUCGCGCCAAUGCGCAAUCCAGCGUUGACGCCGGCAUCGCCGCUGCACACGCCGCGUCCGAGUCGAGAGGAGAGACGCAGAACUGGCGCCGCGCCCACUCUUGAGGACGUCGCAGUCUCGGCCGAGGAUGAGAAAAGCGACGGGGAGGCAGACGCCGUUCGAUGUGUGAAGGCGGAGUCGCCCGCCUCGGGCCCGUCGCCCUCGCCGGCGUCUGACCAGGAGACGCCCCGCGGACUCCAAGGGAGCCGCGAGGGAUGCGCGUCAAGCUCCCCACGCUGGGCGAAGGCGCCGCCUCGAAAUCCAACGCAGCGUGCGUCUCCGUCGGGCCCUGGACAUCUCGUGAAUUCGGCGGCAGCCCCCUCUGCGCCGCCCAGUGUCGUCGCAGUGCCCGUCGCCCAGCUGGUGACUCCCAUGCCUUUCAAGGUCUUCGACGCCGCGCCCUUUCUUCUCAGCCGCGCGGCCAGUCCGCGUGGAGGGAAGCGGGGCGCGGGCCUCGAGAAGAAGGGUAAGCGGAAUCCGACUUGUCAAAAUGCAUCUGAGGCGGCGGGGCCCGCCGCGGGCGCGGCUGCAGCGCCGAAACGCGCGUUGCAUGGGGCCAGUGAGAGAGGCGGACGGAAGACAGAGAGGAGCGGAGGCGACGAGGAGAAGGCGGCUCGGGGCGGAGGUGGGCGAGGACGACGCCGGGGCGGAGGCGUGUCAGGAAGUGAGAGAGGCGCGCCAGGCGGGCACGCGGAUCUCCGAUAUGUCGCUGUGAACGAGCCGUCUGAAGAAGAGCUUGCAGAGCUUCAGCAGCAACAGCUUCGAGUGUUGGAGGAGGAGACUGCCGCCUUCGCCGACGGGUGCCGAGACUGGUCUGGAGACUUCAACUGCUUGGACCAAGAGAAGGUCUACGGCUGUCUCUAUGUUCACCGCAGAGUCAAAGUGCUUCAGUCCCGCGACGCGGCCGCUCCUUCGGGGACCGCAGGCGGCGACGCGACGCCUUUCGCGUCCCCGGGCGGAGUUUGCUCGUCAGCCUCGAGUCGCCCAGACGAGGAAGGGUGGCGGACGUGGGAAGAAGAAGAAGACCUCAAGCAGCAGCAGAGAAUGUGGUCUGAGGAGGGCCAUGGAAAAGAGUAUGGUGCAGGCCUGGCACCGGAAGGUCCAGGGGGAAGAGCUAGGGAAAGUCUCUUGCAGAUUCGGCAUCCCCAUAGCUUCGACGCCUCGUCGAACUUCGUUGCCCAACACCUCCACACGCCGGCCCGAAAGCUUCAAGAGCGGGCGGCGGCUCUCUACGCGUUCCAAGAUUCGUGUUGUCCGUCUGGCGAUCGAGACGAGAAACGUCCUUCUGCUCCGCCGCCUUCGUCCCUAGCAUCUUCCUUCCCGUCCCUCGUUCUCCUGCCGCACCUCCUCACAUCCACGGGCCCGUCGGCAGCGGGAGCGUCUGCAUCUGCGCGCUCGUCGUCAGCCUUCUCGUCGCCUCUCAAAACCAAGUCGAGCUUUCCAGCUGUCGCUUCGGACUCACUUCCCUCGGAUGCAGCUUCGCUCCUCUCUGCGAGUUUGGAUUCAAGCGGCGCGUCUGGUGCGCGCGCCGUGUCUGGCACCGUCCCGCGCGCUCUCGUCUCCUUCAGUGCGCUUCAAAAUCUCCACCAUAAUGUCUCCGUGCAACUCCGGCUGGUCUCCGAUUGGAGACGCGCUGCGGCGAUCGCCCUCCAGGACGGCGCGACCGGUCCGGCUGCGCCGCUCUCUGCAGCGGCGAGGCUAGCAGAGCUGAUUGCGGGAGAGGAGGAGCGUGGGCGACAGUCUUCAGAGGACGACUCCAGUGGGGCGCAAGAUGAAGCGACGCGCGGAGACCUUGCAACGGAGGGUGAACGCAGGGGCGAAGCGGGCGGAGACGCGCGAGAGCCCAACGGGGGCAGCGCCAGUCACACGCAGCAGAUGCAGGACAAGCGACAGGUGCCGGAGACCUGCGAGUCGGGUCUCAGUUCCUUUUUGGCGCCUUCGAUGAACAAACCUGGGUUGAGUGGUCGGACAAAGUGGGAGAGAGAGCGGCGAGGUCGACUGUUUUCUGUCCCUCUGGGAGGACGCCUAGACAUCGUAGAGGGAGAACAACUCCUUCAGGAAGGUCUCCUCCUUCACCGUUUCGUGGGGCUCCAAGAUCAGCUUCGACCUUUGGCGCAACGGGUGAAACGCUCGCGCGCGUUCGCCGCAAAGAUUCGUUCUCUCCUGCGAGGUGAGGAUCCCGCGUGUUCCACGCCGCAGAAGGCUUGUGGCCCCGACGCAGACCAGGCGGCCCCCACGCCGGCCGCGCCCGCUCGCCCCACCAGCUCGGGCGCCUCAGCGCGAAGUCGAAGUUCGCCCGCGGGGACCGACGGUGCGGCGGCGUCUCCGCGGACGCCCAGCGAGCACGCGACUGGCCCUCAGGAGUCUGGGCCCGGAGUUGGGGGCGACGGCUCGGGGCCGGGCGCAGGCGGGGCUGGCGGGGAGGACGCCCCGGGAGCUGGCAAGAAGGAGCGGGACAGGGUGUCGCGUCGCGUGCGCAUCCCGAUCGGUGCGCUGAAAGCGUUGCUGAUUGAAGGUUUUUUUUCGGUCCCUUUCUUAGUCCCCGAGUUUCUGUACCUGCUCCAGCAACUCCAGCAAAUGCUGACGUGGAGGCAGCUGCUGCAUGCAGCGGCUUCUGCCGGGGAUCUCCAGCAGUGCGAAGAGCUGCUGGAGGAGGCGGACGACGUCUGCGUCUUCAUCCCCGGAUGGGAUGACUACAAGGGUCACGUGGCUGCCGCCGCGUGGAUCGAGAAGGUCGAGCGUUUGCUUCAACGGCCUGUACGCCUCCAGCUUGCUAUCGCCUUGAUCAAGGACGAGGGAGGAUCCUCCGUCUAUGUGCAGCAGAGCGCGUGCAUGCGCGAACUGAAGAAGCGGCUGAGAGCUGCGCAUCAGUGGAUCUGCCGAGUCCGCGCGCGUCCGUUCCGGAAGUACCUCGACGUGUCGUGUCCCGACAAAAAGCUGAUUGAGGAACUGAACCAGCUGGCGACAGAGAUCGAGCUCGUUCUCCCAGCCUCCGAACUUCAGCAUCCGUUCCUCCCACAGCCGCACGCCGCGUCAGCCACUCCGGCUCACCGCGCCUCGGGUGCCGAGCAGCCGUCGUUCGCGCCUGGUGCGCCAGGUGCGUCCGGUGUGACCUCCCCGGCGCAGCAGUCUGCGGCUUUGAAGUGGGCGAAGAGUGGAGCCAAGCAGGGGUCGGCCGCGUCGCCGUCGUCGCCCCCGUCUUCGCCUCUGCUUGAAAAUGGAGACGGGAAGAACUCCGAGUUCGGCCCGGAGGCGGCGGACGGGGCACUGCCCUUUGGGGAGGAGAAACCGACUCCUGAGGAAGUCGAGGAGUUGGUGUGCGCGCACGCGUCCAUGAAAGUUCAGCUGUCAGCGGCGAAGUUCUUCGAGGCGCUUCACGGCCGCUGGCGCAAGUGGCUGAAACGGUCCAAGAAGGUGGGAGCGAGUUCGCUGUCUCUCCCCGAGACCCAGCAACUCCUCCAAGAAGGCGAGAGCCUCGGCGCGUGCCUCAACAUCCACCAGUGGCUUCUCGACCUCCGCAAGCACGUCGAGGCGGCGACACAAUUCACGACGCGGGCGCGCCUGCUGCUCGACCGAGCGGCGGGCGCCGCCGUCGCAUCCGCGGCAGAACGGGCGAGCUGGAGCGUCGGGUCUCUGGACGCGUUCCGCCGAAAAAGCAAACUGCAGCCCGAGGAUCUUCAGCACGUGCUCGAGCUCCAGCAGCAGAGACGCGAUGGCACAGCGGCUGCGGGCGACACGGGGAGCGGCGCCGGCGACCAAGUCACUCCGGACCGAGCGGGCGCAGGCUCGACCGUCGGAGACAGUGGGGGCGGCCGAGUGACCCGAGGCGGUGGCGCUGCACAGAGGUCUCCGGGGACCGGGGAGGUCGAGGUGGGAGACAUGGCAGGGAGAAAGAGGGAAGGCGAGGGUGGAGACGCAGACGGCGCAUCAGGAGGAGAGGAAGGAACGGCUGUAGACCACUGUCGCGCGUCCUACGAGGAACUCCUGGAAGUCAUUGGACUGCAUGAUUCCCUUGUAAUCAAGAACUGGCCACUCCACCAGGAGCUGCAGGAGCUUCGCGAGAAGGCUGGCCGAUGGCUGAAGCGGGCCGUCGAUCUCAUCGGCCCAGUUCGGUCCCCUGUCCAAGAUGGAGCGCGCCGGAUCGACGUGCGCGCCGACGGUGCGGAUCGGGCGGCGCCAGAGGCGGCUUUCCACGCAGGGUUCCAACGCGCGGAAGUCUGCGGCGUAGGAGGCGCACCCAGCGAAGACAGGGGGCUAGUCAGCGCGAGCAACGGCGCUUCGAACGACGCAUCCGAUGACUUCGCUCAGCUUCCCAGGGAUGUGGAUGGGGCGCCCGACGCACUCGCUGUCAAGGAGGGAGUGCCCGACCGUGCGGAUCAAGCAGGCACGUGUUACCCCCCCGCGUUGAUUGGCGGCAGCCCGACAGUGGUGCGGCAGGCUGCGCUGUUGCUGCUCGACUGCGACGGCGUUUGCAUCUGCGAAGCGACGGAGAAACGCCUGGAGCAGCUGCUGAAAUACGCGCUUUGGUGUCGACGCGUCCACGCCAUGCAGUGCCCCGUGGACGAAAAGGAGGUCAAGGAGCUUCUCGAGGAGCCGACGCGCGAAGGCUUCUUCGAAUGGAUCGAUCGCCAGACGCCCGUCCGCCGCCUGAUGCAGGCGGCGGCCUCAGCCCCUCGAAAGAGCGCGAAAACGCUCGCGUGGAAACGCGAUUUGGCAGAGACAGUUGAGGCUGCGGGCGAGGCUGCGGCGACCGCUGCUGCUGCCGACGUGGCCGCAGCUGCUGAGGCGCGGCGGGCUCUGGAGAGCGGAGGAGUCGCGGCGGGAGACGCCGAGGAGGCAGCGAGGGCAGAGAAAGAGGAUGAAGAGGGACAAGGUGCGGGCCCAAGCCUGGAGGAGGAGCAGGAAGAGGAAAAGGCAGCGAACGCGUCUGGGGAUGUCAGCGGCGAGACGGAGAAGGAGACAAGCGCACAUGCGGAAAAGACCGACGAAGGCGAAGGGGAGAAACGGACGGCAGAGACGGAAGGUGACGUCGAAGAUGACGACGAGGAUGCGAAACAGGGUGACGAACAAAGCCGCGAGCCUCCGCUCGGGAUCGAAGACGCCGCUCAAAACGACGGUGACGCCCGGCAGCUCGCAGCCUGGGAUGCGUUGACGAAGCUCCCCGAAUUCGAGUUCAUCCAAGCGCUAGACGCCGUUUCCUGCCACUGGAACGAGCGACUUGAAAGGUUGAAGAGCGCCUCGCCGCUCCCGACCGCCUCCGAGUGGCGCCAGCUGUUUGAGGAGGCGGCGGAGGCGCCAGUGCGACUCGUCUCGCUGCGCGCGGAGGUGCACAGCUACCUGCAGCAGCAGCGGCGCGUCGAGGAGCAACUCCGUCAGACGUGUGCGUCCCCGGCGUCUUUCUCGUCGCUGAAGCAUCUUCGCCAGAUGCAGAAGGAGGUGCGCGGCUGCUGCGUUCGCGUCGAGAUGUGGGCGGCAGUGGAGGAGCGCAUCGGCCUUCUCCAGCACAUGGAGCAGCAAGCGCUGGCGCUCGUGCGGACGCGGCAGCCUCUCGUGGAGCUGCAGGCCUUCCUGGCCGAGCAACAGAAGGUGCUCGAGCUCCCCGAGGAGACGCCGGAUUUGCCGCACCGGACGCGGGUCAAGGAGGCCGUCGCCAGCGCCGAAGCGUGGGCUAAGCAAACCGUUACUUUGCGAGAAAAGGGGGCGACGCUCCAGCAGUGGCGCCAACAUGUCCACCGGGGCAGCUACCUGAAGGUGAUUGCUCCCGGCGUCGAGAAGCUUCGGCAGCAGCUGGCCCAGAGCGAGGAGUGGAUGGCAAUCUACGAAAAGCUCUUGGAGUUGCCUCAGCAGCUGCGCGCCCACCGCCGGCGCCAGCGGACUGUCUCCGGAAAGUCGCCCCUCUCCCUGACCUUGUCUACGUCGUCUCUCGCGUCGGCUCUUUCCUCCCCGUUCCCGCCGCCUGUCGCCGGGGGGUCGUUCUAUCAUCCCGGCUCUCUCUCGCCGUGCUCGCUCGGAGGUCAGCUGUACCACCGUGGAAGCACGUCUCUCUCAGACACCAGUCAGGCUGGGGUCGGCGGCGCGAGCCUUCCAGGAACAGUUGGAACUGGAGUCGGUUACUUUGCUGCUCAUGGCGUCCAGCCUUUCCCUUCGUCACCUCUCGACUCUGCUGGGUAUCUCGGCGCCGCACAGUACACACCCGGGCAAGCCAGUUCGCCCCGGCAUGGCGCGGCUGCGGCUCACACGCCGGGCGCUUCGAUGCAGGGGAGCGUCACUCCCUUGUCACAGGGGAAUGCGGCUGCAGAUCUCGGAGGCGGGGGGACUGGCGGGUCUGGCGGUUCCUUUGUCGCCACUGCCUUGUCCGCGGUGUCUCCGCAUUCUGCCAAGCAGUCGUCGUUCGGCGUGCAGUCUCCGCUGUUCACUGUCCCUCCCGAGGCGGGCGGAAGUGCAAGCAGUUUCCGGAGCGCCCCGAGUCCGGCGACUGCUCACCCGCAUGCAUUCGCUGCCGCCCCGCAGCCUUCCCAAACAGUUCAGGACGGAAAAGAAAAGGCGCAGAGGGGCCGAGAGACGUCCGAGGCUGCAGGCGCAGAACCGCUGUCCUGCUACCUGACGCUGGAGGACGCGGAGAGGCUGACGCGCCAGCCGUUCGGCUUGGGCACCUGCCUGUCGACCUUUGCAGAGUUGUGUGUGGAGACUGAGGCUGCGAAGAAGCUGCAGCGGUGGAGGCGCGAGGAGGCCAGGAAGAGGAAGGGCGAGGAGGCGGAAACGCACUGGGGCUCGACACGCAAUGGAGUUGAGAACAAGGUCGGCACUCUCGACGACAGCGGAACAGCGUCCGACGGGCAGCCAGAUGGCCGCGAAACGCCGGGAGACGGAACGAGUGCUGACACACACGGCGGAACAGGCUCCGGAGGCGGGUUGAGCAAUCUGCGAACUGAGGCGGAAGCUGGAACGCCUCGCCUGCACUCUUCGUCUGAGGGGCUCGAGAGGGCCGCUGGAGAGGCCGCGAGUGAAAGCGCUAAGUCCGCCUCGUUGGUGGACCCUCUGCGGGGAGGAGACGAAGAGGGACGGAAGGGCGAGCAAGGCAGCCGCGAGGGCGACUCGCCGUCCUCCGUCUCCCCCCCAGGGGAGUUGGCGGAAGAGCAGGACGCGUGGCGACGCCAAGAAGCGGAAGCAGAGAUUGCUCGGCGGGAGGCGCGGCUCGAGCACCUGGGCACGCGAGAGGCCUUCCGCCAGCUGAAGAGAACCACGAAACGGCUCCAGCGGUUGUUGGCGGAGUGCAAGGCGGCCCCUGUGCGCGUCGCGGAAUCCAGGUUCCUUCAGGCCGAGCUGCGCAUUCGAAGCGUGAACCACCAGCUGCUUUCGCUCCUCAGAUGCUCCCGCCACCCGCUGGAGGUCGCGGGAAAAUUCGUCCAGGAGGUGGAGAAGAGAAACCUGGAGGAGCCCAAGCGACGCGCGACAGAGCCAGCCCUGGCCACUGGGGACGUGUCUGCAGGGGAGGAGGCGAAGCAAGGCCAGGAGGAGUCUCAGGUUGGAGGCGAGCGUGGAUUCGAGGGCGAGGAAGACGAGGCGGAAGGAGAGGAGGAUGAAGAAGAACAGAUGGGGACACAGCGGGUCGCCGGCGCUCCUCACGCGCAGCCCCAAGUUACCCACCAUAUGCGGACGCGGAAACGCGCAGCCGCGCAGACGCCGGCUUCUGCGACGCUUGCCGCAGGUUCCGCCGACGGCCAGGCGCCGUCCCAGGCUCCUCAGUGCAGCGGCGAAGUGGCUGAGGUUGUGAAUCUUACUCACGGUCAAUCGAGUCGCGACGACAACGGGCAAGCCUUUCAGUCUCCCGGAGUGGAGACGGAGGCAGCAGGACAAGAAACCUCGCCGUCGGAUCCGACUGCUGCCGCGCCGACUGCCGCCGCGUCCCCGCCAGGGUCUCAGGGCGCGCGGGGAUCGCAGAAGCGGCCGCCGCCGACGCGCCGCAGCUCUCGCCCUACGCGUCGGCCGCGCACCCACGGCAGGUCGCCCUCUCGGCCGUCGCCUGGCGCGAACAAGGCAGGGGAGGGCGCAGGUGGAGACGGUGUCUCCUCGCCGUUGACCGCGGUGUCGCCGGCGCAAGGGCCCGGGACCAGUCUGGGCGCGACGGCUGGCCCACAGGCGCCGGGGACCCUGCAGGAGUGUUCAGCUGGGAAGCUGGCGGGGCAGGCAGCAGCGGCAGGCGUCUCGAGAGUUGGAGGCGGGGCGUUCUUCUCUGCUGGCGGGGGCCUGUGGGACUCGGCUGGGGCGACUGUGGGGUUCGACACUGUGCGGGCGUCUGUCGGAAUCGCGAUGACUUUCGUGGCGACGCCUGGCGAGCGGGAAGAGACGGAAGACGUCAGCUCCGGCGACGAAGACAGCGAAGAGGAGGACGAGCGAAUCAGGAUUCUUCAGGAAGUCCAUCCUCUCGACGGUCAGGCUGCUCUCCAGUUCAUUUUGCACAGCAAGACCGGUAAAUCCCAGCGGCGCAGCUCGCCCGGUGGCGAGGGCGUUGCGAGCCUCUUGGCGCUUCUUCAAGACUCCGACAAGAAGGAAAAAAGCAGAGGAGUUUGCCGCUCCGGUGAGGCCACGACGGGCGACGAGGCACGAGAAGUGGAUGAACGCAAAGCGCAGGAUGACGCUUCGCUCGUCCCCUUCGUUGGUCCGCCGUCACUGAUCAUCGAUUUGCCUGGCUUCGCCGCGCUCAAAACUCGCGUCGCGGCAGCCUCGCGGUGGCUCGAGCUGUACAAACACCUGAAGCUUCCGCUGGACAGCUUCUGCGGCGUUGUUGGCAACAGAGAGGAAGCGGCCUCUGCCGGCCAGCAACUCGAAGUCUUCAACCUGGCCCAUCGUCAGAGACAGUUCCUGCUUUGGGAGCUCCGCCAGCUACAACUGGAAGAGACGGGAGGCUCGUGCACAUGCAAGGAGGAGGAAGAGGACGCAGAACAAGACGAAGAGGAGGAGACUUCGCCAACGGCGGGUGCUGGUUCAGAGGCCGGCUCCGCAGGUGCGACCUCCGAGGAGAAAGCAGCACAGACCCGCGCGCGACACGAGAGCGAAGAAGGGUCAGAGAGGAUCGAGAGGAGAGAGGACCGACAGGAGGGAGAGAGGAGAGGCGGCGUAGAACUGGAGCUGGCCGACGCGGCUGUGUCGUCGGCUGCGGAUGCGGCCGAGCCUCGCUCCGUCUCAGAGCGGUCGCGUACGCGAGAAGAGGACAGCUCGGAUCGAAGCAUGUCGCUCUUGCGAGGUGAAGACGUCGAGACUCCUGCGCAUUCCUCGCCUUCAUCCGAAAAAAUCAGUCCAGUGGAAAACGAGAAAAGCAACGAGAUCGGUCCUUCCUCGUGGACCGGCGAUGUUGGCGCGGAGGGUCGGAGCCGACCUGCAAAGGCAGAGACCCAGCAGGCAACGUGCUGCGCACACAAAUGCUGUCUCAGCGGCACAUCUGGCGGCGCCUUUCGCCACCGCGCCUCUCCAUUGUUUAUUCUCAAGUGUUUCCAACUCGUGCUCCCCUUCCUGGCUGACGAAACCCAGAAGCUCCUCUUGUACAUUCUCCUUCAUGGGCUCGAACCUCGCACGCGGCAGCACAUGCAUGUUGACCUCGAGAAGCUGCUCCACCAUUUGCCGGCCCCUCUCCAAGUCAACCCGGAUCUCCUGGCUGCUAUGAGUGGCGGCGAAGAGGCGGAAGCGGAGAGUGGCGAGACGCCGCACUCAGAGAAGGACGCGGAAACGACUGCAGAGGCGAAACUCGAGCGAGCGGCAAGGGCGGAGCAGAUCGCCAGUGUACAAGGUGCGAAGCAGGUGGAGCACGCUGGCGAGGGGCGCGGCGAAAAGGAGCAGGACUCGGAGAAAGUGCAGUCUGACGCGAGUGCGCCGAGCGAGGCUCGAGGGCCUGAGUCGGAUUCCUUGCCCCCAUACGUGCCCACCGACGAACCGGUGUGUCCCUGGUUCCUCCCCGUUUCGCGAGUCGCCCCGCCGUCGUCUCUUCUCCCCCCCCAGGGUCCCGGUACGGUGUCGGGAUCGGCACCCCAGAGCGCUUCGGGAGGCCCCGUUGGGGCGAAGAAGAACGCCUCUCAGUCGUUGGCCGGUGUCGGUGGGGGGUCGGCGCUGCCUGCCGCUAACCCCGCGAAGGUGUCUGGUGGUCACGGCGCCUCGGCUGCUCCCGCGGGAGCUGCAGGCGCCGCAGGCGCGUCGUCCACGUCUGGAGGUGCGGCGUCGUCUGCAGGGCCCUCAGGGGCUCCUCCGGCAUCGCCCUUCGAGGGGGACGGCGGCGUCGCGAGCUCCGAGGCACUGCGGAAGCUUUUGGGGCCGGAGAUGAUCAAGAAACUCGGGACGUUGCCUCCGCCGCCUUCCGCGCCAGCACCGAUCUACGCGUUCCACCUCUUGACUGCCUACGCGCUCCAGUAUCGACACCUGACGUGCAGCAAGGUCCCGUGGCCAAUCAGCGAUAUCAAAACGUACCCGCCGUCCCUCCUCUGUCUCUUCAGAACCGUCAAAGAGAGGAAGAGUGUCCUCGAACACAUCACCAGCUAUACGUCCUCCAGCCGCCACGCGUCCAUAGGUGCCGCGUCUCUCCGGGCGAUGCACGGCGCUUCAGGCAGCCUCGAUGCGUCCACCGCCGCGUUCUUCCCGUGCUUUGUCCCUCCUGGCCUCCCCGCGUCCUCCGCCGGCGUCCCUCAGGGCCGGGUCGUGGGGGCGCCAGGAGCGUGGGGAAGCCGCGCGGCACCUGGGAACCCGCGGGCGCUUCUGUAUGCGCGUGGGUUGCCGCAGAGUGGAGCCGAAGACCUUCCCACCCCUGACUUCAAGUUCCCUCCAGGACUCGCCGGGGUCCCGCCCACGCGAGGCGCGGCCGGCUCGGCCUCCGUACGACAGAAAGGAUGUGGACGCGCCGGAAGGACAGGCAGCAGUCGGGCCGUGGACGGGCCACUUGCGGCGUCUCAGAAGCGGCAUCGUUGUCUGGAGGACGGAGGCCUCGUGCACGCGUCGGACGGGGUUGCAACUCGUGACUCGCCUUUCCAGGCUUCCGCGCCGCCUGCAGCCUCCCCCCUGCUGCUGCCUCCUCCAGGUCUUCCCACGUCGAAAGGUGCGGGCGGCCCCUCGCUUCAGUCGCCCACGUCGCUCUUGAGCGCUGCGCAGCCAAUGGACUCGACGCCAGCUGCGACGUUUCUCCCCGAGCCGAACCUCGAAGGCACAGACGCGCUUUUCCCUGCGCUCUUCGCGUGGCGGAGAGGAGACCAGUCGCUGGUGACCGGCCUCGAAUCUCUCGCGGGGUCACCUGACGCGCACUCAGCGGCUCUCCAAAGGCAACUGGAGCAGCUUCGCCGCGCGGCCGCAGUCGCCGCAGGUGUGCUGCCGUCUGCCUUCUCGGCUUCUGGCCCGCCGGCGUCGGAGCUCGCCUCAGCAGCUGGGAGUCUCGCAGGUGGAGACGGUCUCGGGGGCGUGCCGGGUCUCUUGGGCAAAGGAGGGAGGCUUGGCGGAGCUGCGGCGGGCGUGUUCCCGGGCCAACUGUUCGACGGCAGUCAGAGUUACCCGCGGCCCGAGAGCGCGGGGCCGUCGUGCGCAGCGGCGAACGCGGCGGUCGGCAGUGGCGGAGGCAAGAAGUCGAAGGAGCGCCUUUCGAUUCCGCCUCGGAACUGCGGCCCCAAGUUCGAGGAGGGAGCGCGAAUUCGGAAUUUCACGCACAAGGAGUUGCUGCGGGCUGCCGACACGCCGGGCGCUUCGCUCGCGGAGGGCCUCUUGCUCUUGCGAGCUGCGGGAAGCGUCUGUCGAUUUCAUUUAGACGAAGUGUUGAUGCUCAUCGCCGUUGUCGUCGUCGAACUCGUGACGCAGUGGUGGCUCAAACGGCAGUACGCGUUCCUCGCGAAACAGGAACGGACGCUGAUGAAGAAGGAAAAGGCGCAGGCAGCCUUGCUGGCUGCCGAGGCUCGCGAGGCGGCCGUCGAGGCCGAGCACCAAGUCAGCAGUGCGCAGUGCGCUCUUGAGGCGGCGGCACAGGCUCUGGCGACCGCCCAGGCGGAGGUCGAGAGACUCGAGACCGCGAGCCUCGCAGGUCUCGAGGCAGACGGCGACGAGGCGGCUAGAGACAUGAGCCGCGGCGGGCACCGCGCAGGAGCGGCAGGAUGCCUGUCACUCCCUGCGAACGCAGCCGAGGGAUACGGCACCGGCGAAGCUGGAGACUUGCGGGGAACGCGUGCACGACGGUCGAUGUCCCUAGAUCUGCGCUCCGCACGGAGGGAGGACAGAGGCAGAAGCCGCCGGGAUUGUCUCGCCGCGCGCCACUUGGCCCCGCCGCUGAGGUGCCGGCUUCUCUCUGUGUUACGCGGGCCUUCUCGCGGCGCGACCCCUCCCCGGUCCGAGGAACAAGGAAACGGGAAAGACGACGCGUUCGCAUCUGUUGACGGAGUUUCAUCAGCGGGCAGCCAAACCUUCGCUUCGAUCCCUCAGGCGGCGACUCCUCAGCAGCUCCAGCAGUUCGUGCCGUACGAGGGCAUGACCCUCCACGAGCUGUGUUCGGCAGAAGGUGUGCAGAGGCUGGUGGACGCGAAGAACAGACGAGAUCGACGCCGCCUCGAACGCGGCAGAAAGAAGUGUGAGAAGCUCUCGAAGAUUCUGGUGUCUGCGCGAAGGCCCGAGAGUGCCCGUCGCUCGAGCGCAGCAGAGCACACAUGCCGAGAGCCGCAUGCAGACGUUCAACAAGCCGAAGGCGAAGCAACGAUGGAAGCGAGGCCCAACGAUGAGAACAGCCACCCGCGCACUGAGGAGCCUGCCGAACAGCGUGAGCUCGGCGACCGCGAAAUAGGAGCCCCAGAGGGUACGGAUGAAGUCGGCCUGGAGGACUCCGGGGAGCGAGGCCUAGAGCGUGACGAGGAACUUCCAGGUGCUUCGUUUAAGGCGUUCGGCGCGGGCCCGAGACGGGGGGGCCCUGGGCGAAAGAAGCUGAUUAGGCAAGAGGACCAAGACGACGCUCAGCAGGCCGGGGAACAAGAGGGCGGUCCUCUCCACGGAGGCAGUCCGUAUUCGUCUACAGUGGUUUCAGAGCAAGACGACGAUGCGUUCCAAUACAGUGACCAUGUGGGAGAGAUAUCGAGCAGCAGUGAGCCGGAGUAUAUGGCUGCACUUUUCGAUCCCGAGGAAGGCGCGCGUCUCCUCUCGCAACGUCGUCGGCAACAGCUCCUGCGUUCUCUUCAGCGAUCCGCGAGGAAAAAGCUGGGGUUUGGUGGCGAAAAAGAGAACGGUCAACGGAACCGUCCACGGUCUUCGUCUGCACAUGACUUUAUCUCGCAUCGCCCGUAUCGGUGCGAAGACGUGCCUCUCGCUGCUGACUGGAGGCGAGGUAGCGAAGAAGGCCAGGACCACUCCCGUGGAGUGUCCGUAUUCGGUUCCUCCGGGGAGCCUAGGCCUUGUGCGGUUGAGGCCUCAAGUGAGACGGCGACUCCGGGGGUGUCGCCAGGCCUCGCCAGCGCCCAUCAGAAGACCGCGGAUGCCCGUGCCGCGUUCGCCGAAGCGACGCAGAAUCUGGCGAACGCGAAAGAGCAGGCGGCGGCGGCGCGACACGCAGCGAAGGAGGCGGAAGCGCGAGCAGGCCGUCUCGGCAAAGACGUUUUCGACGGCCUAGAUUUGGAUAAAAUGGAGAGCGGCAGAAGGCGGACGCGAGCGAGUGGAUCGAGCACUACACUCUGGCAAGACUGUCCCUGGAAUGUGGGGCUCGAAUCUUGGGAGUGGAUUCCGCAGGUGGUCAGGCGGCAGCGUCCGUCGCGACGAACUCGAAGAGUUGGAGGGCCACGCUUGCCUCAAGGGUAUGCUGCGCCUUUUGGCGCAUGUCAGGCUACAGACGCAUUCGGGUCAGAAGAGGCCUCGGGGCUUGGCGCUCGGGGUCCAGGCCAGGCCGUAGCAUCGUCGAGUCGUGAACCGGGCUUCUCUAGCCCAAAGGGCGAAGAGCCAAGCCGCGCCGUUGACGACAAGGAGAAUGCAGCUCUGGCGUGCCAGGAAGGGGACGACAGCGAGCACGGGCAGUCGCCGUUUGGUGCGUUCACAACCGACACAGAGAGCAAUGCGAGCAAAAAGGCUCUGCAUUCCCGCAAGCUGUCCCCGGCUUCCGUGCCUUCCACGUCUUCGCACUUUGCCAGUCGGGUCCGGUCAAAGAGACCCAGGGCGAAGCGUCUCUCGUCGCCCCAGAUAGGGCCGUCUCCCGCUGGCGAGACGCCGGCGCCGCCGCGGACGAGCGGCGAUCUCGGCGAGGACGACUUUUCGCUGUGGGGCGGCGCAGGCGGGGAAGGCGACGUGGCCGCUGCCUCGCCGCAUGCAGACGCUGGUCUCGCCAACGGCGCGCUCGCAGAGCUGCCGAGCCGCCGCAGCGGCAGCUCCUCUGUGAGCUCCGGUUCCAAGCGCAAAACGGCGAGGGGCUACGACGAGGACGCGAUCCGGCAAGGGACUGCUUCCCCGCAUUCGCCUGCUGUGGCGCCGUGGCUGCCAGCGGGGCCGCAGUGGGCGACCGUGGCGGCAGCGCGCCGUGCGGCUGCAACGCAGUGUGUGUUGUGGGGCUUCUGCGAGUACCUGGCGAGCUUCCUUCCAGAAGACGAGACCAGUAGUCGGUCGCUCUCCUACGUCUACGUCUCUUCCUCGCUCCCGCAAGAGCCCGCGGCGAGUACAGGCAGUGGCACGGCGCCGCCGACGACGGCGGUGGCUUUGUUCAAGCGCUCGUUGCGCGACUUUGACUUCAUCAAGAAAGAGUAUGCAUUCCGCCUCUUGCCUCCUCAGGCGGAGCAUCAGCAGCAGCAGCUGGCCGUCCAGCUCCACGAGGACGAAGGCAGCCUGUGGGGCUCGGCGCCGGGUGACCUGAGCACGCGAUACAGGCCUGGCGCGGACGCCGGCGAGACGGACGGGGGGCGAGCGCGAGACGCAGUGCGGAAGGAAACUGGAACGCCGAGCCACGAGAAGCUGUCGGACGAAGAGCGGGCGUCUGGCGACGACAGCACAGGGCGCGGUGGGUGGAGCGAUGAUACCGAGGAUGCGACAGAGACGUCGAUGGACGACGCCAGCGAGGAAGAAGCCACGCUUGGGCGAGUUGGCGGGGCACUCGACGGCCAGAAGGAUAACGAAAAGGAAGGUAACCGGUGCCGCGCGGGGUCGGGCCCAGCCUCGGAGCGGGCGCGCAGGAGGAAAGCGCGACGGCGCUCUGGAGAAGAAAGCGACGAAGAGGAAGACGAUAAAGCCUCCGUGCUGUCGCUCACGCGUCUGGUGGAAAUGCUCGAUUCGCUCCCUCUGCAAGUCCCGAUGAAAGGCCGACUCGUCUACACGUUGCUCUCCGCAGUCGAUUGGGCAGUUCAAGCUCGGGAGGCGAUCGCGUUCCUCCCCAGGGACUCCCUGCGCCGGCAGUGGGUGCACUUGAUUCAAGACGCAGGCGAGACACCGCAGGAUCCGCCGCUUCCCGUCACGCGUUCACUUCUUCUUUCGCAUGUGCGGCGUGACGCCAGGAGCGCGGCAGCGGACGAACGGGCGAGCGCUGAAGGCGAGGCCAAGAAUGAGGCAGACGCCACGACCGACGGGCAGAGCGCGGGUGGCGCCAGUCCGCGGGGCAGGACGGAGGAGAGCGAGGACGAAUCCAAUGGCGGCGGGCCCACGGUGGAGUCAGGCGAGGCGCGUGAGGCUCCAGCCAACGAGAGCAAGGUGGAAGGAUCGGAAGCUGUCUCUUCUUCUGAGGACUGUAUUCCCAUUGCAUCCCCGGGACUGGUCCUCGCCUCCGACGGGACGGCGUUGCCUGUUGCGGGGAAGCCCGCGAACGACCUCGAGUCCCUCGAUGCUGCAGGCGAGCAACGCGAGGACACACACGACGAGGCUUCGUCUGUGCACGGCUCCACGUCCGUUCGCUCUCGGCGGCGCCGGGCUGCGCGGCAAUUCUCGCCGUCUUCCCAGGACCGCCGGCGAUUGAGUCACCAGCGCCUGUCGUGUGGGCAGUCGCUGGACGAGGCUGCGACAAGUUUGUCGCCGUCCUGUGCCACGCCGAAUGGGGCCGGCUGCGGCUUCUCCGGGUCGCUGGCCGACGCAGCGAGCGCCGCCCAGGACAGGUUCCUGAUUCAGACCUUCCCUCACCCGACGCUGUCUCCGAUUCAGCGCGCCUUUAUCUACGUCGAGGAGGCUUCUGCGCUGCUUCACGCGACUUCCCCCGAGGUCUGCCUGGUGUGCGCCCGGCCCCCCACCGUGCCGCGCGCAGCUGCGGUCUCGGCGGCGUCGAUUUCUGCGGGGACUGUCGCCGACCUCGACGACGAGCUCGCCCGCGAAGGCGCCGAGGGGAUCGCCGCAGGCCGCUCCUGGAUUCGGUGCGCCGAGUGCUCUCGUGCGUUCCACGUCGCAUGCGUUGAGAAGCUCGCCAGACAGCAGGCGAUGCGCGAGACGGGCCAGGACGGCGUAGGCUGGGGGACGGACGGCGCGGGCGCCUUCUUCGGCGACCAAGGCGCCGGCCUGAAAUCGCCCUCGGCAGCGACGCUGCGGAUCGUGUCGGGCACUGGCGGCACAGAAGGCGACCGCGCGAUUGUCGGGGACGCCUCGCGGGGGUGUCGGCAAGAGCCGGGAGAGCGAGACGAAGCUUUUGAAGGCGGGCGAUACGACGCCGACGAUCUUCAACGGUUCCCGCCGGGGGCGCUCGACCCUGCAGCUGGCGGAGCCGGAGAGCGAGACUUCAUGAAGGCGGGAAGAGGCGAAGACGUCCUUGCGUGUGGCUUCCCGCCCACGUGGCGGUGCCCGUGCUGCAUCGUCAGAACCGGGUCGUUCUCUGACGCAGCACUGGAAUUCUUCUUCCUCACGUUCACGUCUACGCUGCGCAUCGCCACGGAUCGUGACGGCACGCGGAGAAUGCCUUCCUUCAGACGCGUGCAUCGUUUGCUGAAGACUGCGUCUGGGUGGCCUCUGCGAGGUAUCCAGCUGCGCGAGCGGCACAUUCUCCAGCAGAGAAUGUGUCUUCUUCGCCUGUGGCUGUCGGACUACCACACAUUCCUGCUUUCUCUGCCGACAAAGCACAGCACGUUUGCUGACCUUUGCGCCUUUAAGCGCAUCGCCAAGCAGCAGAGACACAUGAAGGCGCUGUCUCCUGCGGGGCCCUCUCGCGACCAGAGCGCCGUGCCCCUGUCGAAGGCCGUGACUGCGCCGGCCGGGGAGGACGAAGAGGGCGAGCAGGAGGGCGAGGAAGCACAAAAGGCAAAGGCAGGCGAGGAAGACGUGGCGCUUCACGUGGAUAUGGAGAAGAAGAUAGGCGAGGGAGAGGAAGAGGAAAACGAGAAAUGGGAGGGAGAGGAAGGCAACGGCAUGAAAGCGGAGCUGGAGGCCGAGGCCGACAAGAUGUCGGAAUGGCGGGCGAGAGAGCCAACCGACGAAAAAGGAGACGAAGGCGUCGACCUAGGAGAGGUGGCCGGACACCCUCUCCCGAACGGGCUGGAGGGCGGAGAAGUCAAGGCAGAGGACCGGUGGCGUGAAGAUAAACACGCAAAGGGACACCCAGGAAGACCUGCGCGGGGCGGAGAAGGCGACGCUGUGCGCCCUCUCGGUCCCGAGGAAGAAAGCGCAGAAGACGCCCAGGAAGCAGCUCUUGAGACGUCUGGACAGGUCGCCUCCUUGGCUGCGGGGUCGGAGAUGGACUGUGGGCUCCGAGGGUCAGACGAAUCCCGAGAAGGCGGAAUCGGUGGAAUGCCAGAGGGAGAGUACGAAGCAGAGAGGGACUGUGCGGCGCGUGAGUCGUCGGAGCCUGGUUCGUGGGGAGCAUUCUCGAAGGGCCGUGAAGAGGACGCGACUGAAUACAGUGCAGGUUCUCCAGAGACGAAUGGCGAGAGAGAAGGUGAAGGCGCGCAUGCGCCCGAGGACGGCGGCCUCGUCGCGCCUGACGCAAGUGACAUGAAGGUCGAGCACGAAGAGCACGAGGACGAAAAAGCGGACAGGGAGGAUGCUGAAGCUCCUGAAGCUUCUGAGGCGGCCCCCCGCCAACCGGCGGUCCAAAAGAAGCAGAAGGCGCCGCUGGCGCCAUCGACGAGAACGACGCGGAGUCGGACAGGGGCGAUCAAGGCCCCGUCCGCGCGGCAGAUGCUUCACCUGGAUCGGCGAGGCACGAAGCUCCAGGGACGGAAGCCAAAGGGAAUGUCCCGUGCCGGUCGUCUGCCGGGCGCAUUCGGACAGCCUGCAGAUACUCCGUUGGAUGGCCUCCCGUCUUCGCAAGACGCGAGCUUAUUCCCGCCCACCCACACCGCCGGGGCUGCCGGCGUCGACGCGUCCCUUGCUGGGGGUGCGGGCGGAGGCCUGAACGCCUUCUGGUUCCUCGAAGACGGCACGGGCUUCACGACCCAGGGGACCGCGCCCGGCGCGCCUGCGUCUCUUCUCGCUCCAGCGGGAUUGUCGCGCCAUCUCUCUGUCUCCUCUGCGUGCGUGAGACCAGGAAAGCGACUGGGUGGCCCAGGCCGCGGGAAACGCGGACCCACAGGAGUCAGUCACUUGGCGUCUCUGGGCUUUGACGGGUUCGGGCACGGCCGAGGCCCUGGCGGGAAAGGCGCAGCGGGCGGCUCGGCCCGGCGAGGACGCGGGCGCCGAGGUGGGCAUCCCCAUCGGCUGGGAGGAGGCGCGAAAGGCGCUACCCAGGGCGGAUCGGCGGGCGCCGCAGGCGACAGGACGAUGGCGCAUGAUCCCGGCCUGCGGCAGGAGAGAACGCGGAUGUUUGUUGAGGUCGAGAAGCGGCUUCUGGGCCGGCUGAUUGUCCACCUGGAGACAGACAGCGCGGACGAGAGAGAGGAGGAAGAGCGCGAGGACAAGGCGAGCGUGGCGCGCUUUGUAGCCGACGGUUGGGAAGCCGGAAGAAGACUGGCGGCGGACGAGGCGGAAGCAGGCGGCCUCGCGCUAGGAGACGCCUCCCGUCCCGUCUCGGAACACGAAGAGGGAAACCAAGGUCAGGACGACAUGGUGUCCCCGGGCACCAAGCGACCCCGAUUCCGGAGUUCCGCCCUAGCGCCUGUUUCCUCGAUUUCUUCGAGAGCGUCCGGACGCUACGGCGACCGAGGGAGCGGAGACGAGGACGGGGCGGAGCUUCUCGCGGCUGCCCGCGCGGAAGACGGUAGGGGGACAAUCAUCGAAAUCGUCCUCCCGAAGGGCCUAGGUCGCCUAAAAAAGGGUAUGCGAGGCCUGGACUGGGGACGCGUCCCGGAGAUCCACGGUCUCUCUUUGAUGCUGUGCGUCGGUAUGUUCCUUGGCAUUGGACGCGUGGAAGAAGUCCACGAGCUCGACCUGCUGCUCGACCAACUGCACAAAUGGAACAGUGCUCUCAAACUUGUCGCCGACAUCCUGCCUCAAGGACGCCGGGCAGCUCCUCCCAGUGCAGCUUCGCGGCCAGCGCCGGCCUGCGUGCCCCUACAAAAGGUUUCAACUGUCCCCACUCCGACUGCUGGGCCUACGGGCGCCACGGACAGUUCCGGCGCGGGCGCCUCUGCGCUGGCUGCGGGACAACCCGCGGGUGCGGCUCCCAGUCCGAAUGCACACGGUGCCUCAGACUGGCCAUGCGUGUCCUUUGCCGCUCUGAAGCUGUGGCUGUCGGACGCCCGCCCCCACCGAACUGUGUCGGUCCCGUAUCUGUGGAAGGCGGAGACCCUGCUGAUGGAAGGCGUAGCGCUGCAGGCGCGGCUCCAGGAGGCGCUCGCGGAGAUCGAGAGGGAGGAAGAAGACGAGCGCUUGGCCGAGGCGCGAGACGAAGAACAAGCGACACGCGCACAGGAGACAGGGACAAGUCAGGACCAGUCGAUGAGUCGAGUUCCUGUGCAGGCAGCUGGAAGCGCAGCGGAAGGCCAAGAACCACAAGGCGAUGGUGGCGAGCACGACGGCAGGCUCGGCAGUGGCGAGAACGCGCCGGAGAGUGAGAACGAAGACGCACUGGCCGUGGCUGCUGACGAAGCUCCCGACGGCUCUGCGUCGUCUGGACCCUCUGCCGCGCCUCCGGAGUCCGACGCGGUGGACGAAGAGGCCGAGGACUGGCAGCGGCUCGACGCGCUGGCUGGAGCUCGGCGAAGGGUGUGGGGCGCACGCGCAAGGCACUCUGGGGCGGGCGGGACGCAGCUCGCGCGGGCCCCCGGAGAGAGCGACGCGCUGUGUCUGCUCGAGAAGCGCCACGUGGAGUGGCUUAAGCUGGAGCAGCAACUGUUCAACGCUGGCAUUACGGGCCUCGAAGGCGAGGAGUUCUUUCACCAUCUGGUCGCGUGCAGUGCGUGGUUCCGAGAGGCCUCCCUUCUCGUUGCGUCUGUUCGCUUCCACGGGCUCAAGAAUCGUACGCAGCGAGUGCGUCGGGCAAGCAAGGUGGAAGGCGGAGGAGCACCUGAGGGGCGAGCUCUUCGACAAGCUCCUGGGGGCGAAGGCGGCCCGUCGCAGGACAGGCGACAGGGUGACCAUCCGAGUCCUAAAGACGAGGAACGCGAGAGGAAUGGAGAGGCCAGCGACGUGUCGACGCAACUCGCCGCCUCUGCAGUCCCGUUCGUCCAACGGUCGGUUUACCACCUCUGGCGAAUGACUCAGGUGUAUGCCCCGUUAACGAGAAAGUGUCUGGACCGCUGCAGGGAGCGUACGGAGACGAGGAGGCAGCGCGACCAGCUGUCUUCAGCGCACGAGCAGAACGGCGCAGAAAGCCUGGCGUGUGCUGUCAAAUCCGAAGGUGCGGAAGCCACGCCAUGCAGAUUGGCGGCGGCGUCGCCUGAUGGGCCCCCGGCCGCGGGAACCGGGCGUAACUCGACUGAGGACGCGGCGCGCCCGGCGCUCGUGCCGGACAGCGGCCCGGGGUCUCCGCGAGAUCCGGGAGCGUCUGCAAAGGCCAGUUCUGACGGAGAACAGGAGGGGCUGCACCAAAACCCGGAGACGCCACUUCCCGUUCGAGUGCGAGGCAGCGUGCGCGUCUUCGUUGAGGAGGGCAAAUUCCUCAGCCGCCUUCUGCGGUCCACGCUGGAUCGCGCCAUGGCUUUUGAAAAGAAACUUCGUAGCCUCCGCGUUCUCGCGCCUCUCCCGCCAAUUGUGCUUCCGCAGGAGGUCACAGCCCUGGCCGAUGCUCCUGCCGCUUCGCCUCCUGGGGCGUCACGGUCUGGGGACCGGUGUCGGUCGCUGGAGCUCGGUGGCGUCGAUCGCGCAGAAGGCGGGGCCGAGCCGUCAGCGCCGGCAGGGGACGGAGCAGAGGCCGCGAUGCCCAGAGACGCAGGUCAUCCGGAGCCUGCUACCGAGGAAUCUGGACUCGCAAGAGCCCCGCUACACACAGCGAAUCCUGAGACGGCCGAUGCGCCUCCAUCGCAGGAGGCGCCUGGACAAGCAGAAAGCCGUGCAAGCGAACGGGGAGACAACAAUCGCGGAAAGGGUGUGAAACCUGACAAACUCUCCAUGGCGCAGUGGGAGGAGUUGCUGUACGAAGCAAGGAGCAUCGGGAUCCGCGUCGAACGAGUCGACUGGAUCCUGAAGGAGAACGAGGCCGUUCGACGAUGCGAGCAACAACUCCAAAAGGUGGCGAACCAGGAGCUGAAACUGCCCUCGGUUCAGGCCUUGCAUGCUCUGGUGACCGAGGCAGCCACUUUGCCCGUGUCUUUGCUGGCGCUCUCUGCCGUCGAGGCAGGUGUCGCGGCGCUUCUGUCGUGGCGAGCGAAAGCGGAGGCCGCGCUGCACCAAGUUCAGCUGCAUCUGCUUCUUCAGCGGCGCCAACAGGCGGCUCCGCAGCUGCUCCAGCAGCUGCAGUUGCUCCAGCAGCUGCAACAGCAUCCCGUGAAUGUCGAGGCCGUUCGCGCGCUGUUGCGAGAAGCCGAGACUCUGCCUGUCCAGGCAUCCAGCGUGCCUCUGUACCAGGAACUGUCUCAGCGCCUGGAAGACCUGGCGCUCCUCGAGCAGCAGCAAGCAGAGAGGUCGCGGGAAGGCGCGAAGCAGCUCCAGGGUUCGCUCUCCUCUCAGCCGGCUUGGGGCGCGGCCUUGGCAGCCGUGGCGGCUCAGCACCAGCAGCACCAACAGCUUCUGCAUUUGCAGUCGCAGAGCCGCAGCGCCGAAAACCCCUCGCUUCCGCAGGGUCUGACUCCGUCGCCAGCGAGCCUCUCGCUCGCUCAGUCGCUGCUCUCGGGCGUGGGAGGGACGGGCGGCGGGGCGUCGCCAGCGGCAGCUGCAGUCGCGGCGCUUCAGCAGCAGCACAUUCUUCGCCACCUGGCAGCGGGCGGCAGUGCCUCCCAGGUUUUCGCGGCGGGGAAACACAACCAGGCCGCUCUCCAGGGUCGAGGCGUGUCGUCCGCGGCGACUGGCAGCGCCGACGGCGACAGAGCCUCCGUGCAAGACGGGGACGAAGGCCUCGGGGGGACAGCCGGCCCGAAGCGCGGCUCGCGCGGAGGCGCCCUAGGGCGACCGAAGAAGAAGUCGCGACCUACGCUUCCGCCUGCGCAGGCACCCGUGUCCCACCAUGCGUCGCAUUCCCUCGGAAUGGGUGGUGUCGGCGGCGCAGGCGUGUAUGGAUCUGCGAGCCAAGCGGCGGUCUACCCACAGGCUGGCGCGUCGCACUCGGAGCAGAGCCAGGCUCUUCAGCGAGGCGCAGCCCCGUGUGGGGCCGCCGAGCGAGGCGUUGGCGGCGCGCGUUUUUCCGGCGGCGGGCCGGGGCCUCUGUCGGGGCACGGCCCGAGUCAGCACGAAGGCGGGAGCAGAUCGCCGUCGGCAGUUGCAGCCGCGACGCAGUUGCUGCUUCAGCAACAACUGCACCAGCACCAGCUGCAGCAUUUGCAGCAGCAGCGCCACCAACUCCUUCAGCACCAGCUGCUCCACUCCCACCAAGGGGGGGGGCCUCAGCAGUCGCCGGGCAUGCGGCCCGCGUCGACCGGUGGGGCGCCGGAUCUGCCUGCUGGCUCGACGGGCGCCAUGGGAGGCAGUGGGGGCGGCGAAGCCCUCGUGAGCGGAGGCACUGGCGGCGGACAGGGCCAGACCUUUUUGCAGCACCGACUGCAGCUUGACCAUUUGCAGCAGCUGCAGCAACAGGUGCAUAGACAGCAGCUCCUUCAAGAGCGACAAAUGCUGCCUUCCGGCGGGCAGCCCCAACUGCCUCAGCAGCUCCAGCAGCUCCAGCAGCAGCGCGCUCAGCAACAGGCUCUCCAACAACAGAGGCAACUUCUUCUCCACCAGCAACAGAUGCGGCAUCUCACCCAGCCUCCUCAAGGCAUGCCACCGCCCCGAUAG